UUCCAUGUAAACAGGCUCAGGCUGAGGGCACCAUGCUGGAUUCAGAGAGCCAGUGGUCAGAGGCGUUUUCCAGCAACAACAUCAGAGCCAUCAUCCGCUGGCUCAGGAAACUUACCGCUGAAGGAGAAGCUGACACAGAGGAAACCCUGCAGGCUUUCAGCUGCUGGGUGCAGAGGACGUCUGAGUUUGUCAAAAAGGAGUUCUUAACCCUUUGCUUCAGCCGUUGUCAUGGCCUGUGGAUGUUUCUGGACCGCAGCUCUUUCUCCAGAGUUCACGUGCUGCUGCAAAAACUGAGGAACCUGCUCACGCUCGCCCAUUGGGCAAGACGGCAGCUCGGCUCUGCACACCUCUGGCACGGUGUUGGGGUCCCAUGUGUGGUCUGCAGGGACACAUUCAGCUCCUCAGAUGUUAAACAGGGCUGCUGGAACAGAGAGCACAGGGCUCUAAAGCAACACAUCUGGCUGGGACGGCUGGUUCAGUGGUGGGGCAUCAUGGGGCUUCUGCCAAAGUACCCCGAGGCUCAUGAGGUGAAACGAAUCACCCAGAUGUGGAGGGACAUGGAUCAAAGCCAUCGGAAAGCCUGUCUAGAGACACCUGGCUUCAAGGCGGGACAAACGGAAAGACUUGUGUCCUUGAUUCAGGGGAUGGUGACUCAGCUGGACAGACAACAUGGCUGCAUGUGGAUAACUGAAGAUUGCACGGAGCAGUACUAUCCUCCUCCGAACCUGCAGGCCCUGCUUAAGCUUGUGAUGGUGCCUCAUAUUGACAACCUGUCCGUCCAAGCUCUUCUCAUGUACUUUGUCCUGGACAUUGCCAAAUUCCUGCAGUGCAAAGACGACCUCCUCCAGUCGUUCUGCAAGGCUUUCACUAUUCCCUCCAGUUCUUCCCAACAGAUCCGAGCUUUCUGGAUGCUAGAUCACGGCCACAUCAAGGCCGCCAUGGAGCUGUUACUGAGUCCCAAAGCUGCUGUCCCUGGGUUCCUGUGGCAGCACCGAUGCAUCAUCCGCUCUCUGCUAACCAGGAAGCAGCCUCAGUUAGCAUUAAGGUACCUUCACUGGGCCAAACCACCAGUACAGAGUGUGGAGGAUGCUAAGCUCUGUGCAAGGGUGCUACUUCAAAACAGCUGUGUGUCUGACGCCUGGACUCUGCUGAAGAGAGGCCACACAGAGAGCGACAACAUGGUGCUGUACUUUCUCCAGGCUUGUAAUGGACUUGGUUUGUGUGCAGAGGCUUUGAAGUACAUUCCUGCAGGAUACGAUGGUGAAGGAGACAGAGUUGAAGAGACUGAGACUACAGGGUCACAGAUGCCACUCAAAGGGAAACAAGAAAGGCUUCCCUGCCCGUUGUCUGCCAAACUGUAUCAGGCUCAGAGUGUCAACACAGUGUCCUCAGAGGAACUGAUCCAACUUCUCAGAGAGGCUGCGAUGGAAGUGAGAAGGCCACAUCCAGGGAUGAGUGAGUGGCUGUGGCCUGAACACACAGAAGAAAAAUCAAACAACAGAGAGAUAUUCCUCUCAACCCAGGCUGUCCAUCGUCUCACCGCUAGCCCAUCCCCCGUGGCUGUACUAGAAGAAACAGAGCAAGCGGCACAUCCAGAUGAGCCAGAAGAGAAACUGCCUCUUCAUAAUCAGCAGCCUGAUGAGUCACAUGUUCACAUUUCCUCCUCUCUGGAUCUGGACUCAGAGUCUCUCUCAUCCUUCACCUCGGCCUCCUCCCUGCCUCUGCUGAGUUGGGGUGCUCCUUAUGUGUUUAAAAGCACCUUGACCAUGCAGAGGAUCUCCUCUCUCCUCGCUGAUGGAGAGAACCAAAGCGGGGACGAGGAAGAUGUUGAGAGAGACAGCAGAACCCCUUCAUCUGCUGAGGCCUUGCCAAGCUGCUCAGAGAUGAUGGUGACACUAGAUGGCGCCACACACCCUGUUUUACUCAGCAGCUUGGACAAAGACGGUCUUUUACUUUCUGCUGAAGAUGUCCCUGAUCUGUUGGCCUCUGCUGUUGCACUUAAGGACCAAUCAGACUGCAUCUCUUCUGACCGCUCACUGAAUAAGGAUGUCAAUGAGAGAGAGAAUGACCAUGACCACGACUGUGCCAUGUUUGAAACCACUCAGGACCUGCUGACUGACCUUCAUCAGAGUCUGCUGCCAGAGGAUCCCCAUGUGAGGGGCUCAAGGGCCUCAGCAGUGACGAGUCUGCAGGAUAUCUCCCUUCAGGUCUCCUGGACCCCCGGCCCAACCUGUGACAUACAAACCACCUCUGCUCCAUCUGACACCACUAAUGAAAGCUCUCCAGGAGCUUACUGUGAUGACCGCUGUGUGGAUCACAGUGAUAUGGGGAACUUGUUGAAACAGGAGCAGGAAAAAGGUGGAGCAGCAAUUAAGUCAGAUAAUAAGACUCCUCCUCUUACACUGUGCCAACCAUUCUCCCAAAGUCUGCUUAACUUUAUGGACUUCACUGCAAAGCAAAGAGGAGAAAACAAAGAAGGCACACAGGCAGACAAAGAAGAGCCCGCAGGUUGGAGCACUUCUGGGAGGGGUUCACAGGGUGCCAUAAGAAGUGGAAGGACGCGAUUGAGGAAUGGAAAACGAGUGAAGAGAGCAUGAACAUUGGGUGUCAAUAGAGUCUAUGAGAAGACUUUAAUUU